CUAGCGCUUCAAGUCCUUGGUUGCGUCGACCACCUGGACGAACUCGCGAAGUCCGAUGAGGGUCACGCCCUGUGCAUACAUGCGUUCGCACGCCUCUGAUGCCUUAGUGUCGCUGGCAUCUGGGCCGACACCUACAGAUUCGACAGAUCCAACGGAGAGGUUUGUGUUGUGUCCGUGUCAUUUCAUCUUUGUGAAGCUUCUCACCAAUGCGCUGUGCCCCCUUCCCUAGAGUGCCACUCUGCAGCUUUUGCAGCAUGGCAAGAUCCACUCGAGGAGCGAAUGCAUCAGAUGACGACUGCAACACUCUCCGCGAGCGGUCAAAUGCACUCUCUGCAGUAACUGUCUCCUCCAGCUGGCCAUAAGACAGUGGGGCGGAGACGGGGGAUUCCUGGCCCAGCGUGUCUUGGCUGCCCCGAGAGAAAUUCGCGCCAAUGACGUCCUCCUGCAUAUGCAGCAUGUCCACAAAUGGGUCGUUUUCGCCAGAAGGCAAUGUGCGCAGCACAGGGGAGGCGGGAGGCGCCAUUCGGGUGGCUGACGACCACUCCACAGCAGCGACAAAGAAUACCGAGAGGAAAACGGCCAUUGGCGCCAUCCUGCAGUGCAGCAUCACGCGGUACGAAGAUGCGCCACUCAAAUCAGAUGCAAGCUGUGUGUGGGCGGACUUCACAAUCGACAGCUUGAGGACAAUGACGCAGUAGAGAGUCUAUCCUUGGCUCAGCUGCGGAAGACAUCAC